AUGGCAGCUGCCGAACAAGGACAUCUCGUCCAUCCUGAAGGUCGGACGUGGAAGACUCAUUUCCCUAAAGGUGAUCUGUGGGUAUUCGGAUACGGGAGCUUGAUCUGGAAGCCACCUCCACACUAUGACCAGCGCAUUCCGGGCUAUGUCAGUGGCUAUGUGCGACGAUUCUGGCAGGCUAGUUCUGACCACCGCGGUACUCGUGAGAAUCCCGGCCGGGUAGUCACUGUCAUUGAACGAAGCUUUUGGGAGACCCUCGAUGACCCGCUCGCCCAGCUAGAGUCAGAGUCCGCUUCGACCGGGAAGGUCUGGGGUGCAGCAUAUCAUAUUCCAGCUUCCCAUGCUGAAGAAGUGCACGACUAUCUUGACGAACGGGAAAUCAACGGUUAUACCGCCCAUUACACACCUUUCCACCCAACUGUCGAUAUUGGGGGCAGUAAUGCCAGUGGAGAUCAGGCGUCGGCGCCCAUUAUCUGCAUGGUUUAUAUUGGCCAGCCGUCUAACUCGCAGUUCCUUCGGGAGGCCGCGUCUCGCGAUCCCCAGCAAGUCGCUCAGGUUAUCGCUUCCAGUGAAGGUGCUAGUGGAAAGAAUACUGAAUAUUUGUUCAUGUUGGAGAAGGCACUCGACGGCAUUGGCCUUGGAACUGCAGAUGUACAUGUUACGGAUCUGGUGAAGAGGGUCAAAGCUAUUGAGGCUGAGGGUCUCGGGGAGGCCGAGGAGAAGGAAGCUGAGCUCCAUGUCACCAAGUCAUUGGAGGAGGCAGCCAGAGAUCCCGAACAUGCUGAUGGCCACUCUGCGAUUGAGUAA